CGAUAUUAUUCCAAAAAGGAAUGGAUAAAGUUGGGAAACAUAUAACUAACUACCCUUCCCAUGAAAAUAUAAUAACCAACUCCCAAAAAAAAACCGCUUAAAUUCAAACGUGUGUAACUGAAUUUGGGUUGCAAAAACCACUCCUCCUCCUCCUUUCUACUCUUUUACUUCUUCUUCUUCUUCGAAAUGAUGGAUUCUUUCAGCGUUUUUCCUCCGACUUGUACUUCCGAUUCAAGCUCAAAUCCCCGGCGGAAGCGGACGAAAUUCAUGAAAACAACUACUUCCGGCAAGCCGACGAAGCAGCCAAAGAAACCCGACUCUACCGCUGCCAACAACAUAACUCCCCCCUGUUCUGAGUGCGGCAAGAAAUUCUGGUCAUGGAAGGCUCUGUUCGGCCACAUGCGGUGCCAUCCCGAGCGUCAAUGGCGAGGAAUCAAGCCGCCCCCUAAUCUCCUCCGCCCUUCCACCGCCGCUGAAUUACGACAAGAUCACGAGAUCGCUGCGUGUUUGAUCAUGCUCGCCAAUGCCCCAUCAGACGGCAGCGGCCGGGGAACGGCGGAGGACUACAAACGAAGAAGCCCAUUUUCUGGAAUUUUGGACUUGAAUUUGCCGCCGCCUCCUCCUCGUCCACCAAUGGAGGUGAUUGAAGAAGAAUCUUCAUCUUCCUAUUCAUCAGGGAUUGUUUUGGAUCUCAGAUUAGGGCUUAAUUAAUUCAAUCAUUUUAACAAUUUUCAUUUUCUUAUUUGCC